GGCAGUUUCGCGGUCGACGUGAGGCUCCAGUUUUUACACUCAUCUGUGCGAAUCAUUGUUGGUCGAACGACUGUAACCGACUGGGUGCUGAAAUAAUAUUGCCCAGACUGUCAUUCCGCGUGCUACACGCUUUAAUGAUAGUUGCUCCGGGGCUGGUGUUGGAAUGCCAUGGAUAGGGAGACGUUCCACGCGUGCUGCAGCACCGCGCGCGCCCCGCGUCGCUCCUACGCGCGCUUCCGCGCGGCGAAUUUCGUGGACUACAUCGCGCGCCGCGAGUGCAGCUACGUCCGCUUCUUCAGCGGCUACCUGGUGCCCAACGAGCCGUGCGUGCUGGCGAGCUGCUUCACCGCCGGGUGGCGCUGCAGGGCGCGUUGGGUCACCGCGGAGGGCAAACCCGACUUCGGGCGGCUGCUGCAGGACUUCGAUGAGACCCCGGUUCCUGUUGCAAACUGUGCUGUGAAGGAGUACAACUCAAACCCGAAGCAAAUACUUCCUUUUAAAGAGUUUAUCAGCUACUGGAAGGAGUACAUCCAAAAUGGGCACUCAUCCACCAGAGGAUGUCUAUAUCUCAAAGACUGGCACAUGCCCAGAGAGUUCCCUGCACUUGCUGUGUACAGCACUCCCAAGUUCUUCUGCUCUGACUGGCUGAAUGAGUACUGGGAUGCGAGUGAGGGCGAUGAUUAUCGCUUCGUCUACAUGGGACCUAAAGGCUCGUGGACACCCUUCCACGCCGACGUCUUCCGCUCGUACAGCUGGUCAGCCAACAUUUGCGGCAGGAAGAAGUGGAUCCUGUAUCCACCGGGCCAGGAGGAGUUCCUGCGGGAUUGCCAUGGUAACCUGGCGUACGAUGUAACAGCCCCCGUCCUCAGGGACAAAAAGCUGUAUCCACGCUAUGAGGAGGCCUGGCAACCGCUGGAGAUCAUCCAGGAGGCUGGCGAGAUCAUCUUCAUUCCCAGCGGGUGGCACCACCAGGUUUACAACUUGGAGGACACCAUCUCUAUCAACCACAACUGGCUCAACGGCUGCAACGUGGACCUGGUUUGGCAGUUCCUGCAGCAGGAACUCUCUGCCGUCCAGAGGGAGAUCGGAGAAUGGAGGAGCACCAUGGAGACGUGGCAUGAGCACUGUCAGGUGAUCAUGAAGUCCUGUACUGGUAUCGACUACAGGCAGUUUGCGUCCCUGCUCAAAGUCAUCGCCGAGAACCGGCUGUCCUACCUGAGCUCAUGUGCAGGCGGCGCUGCUGCAGGUGCCGAGCCUCCUGUUCCCUCGGAGACACUGGCUAUGCUGGGGCCCCACCAUGCUGCCUUCGACCUACAGCAGGUGGCCCUCACCCUAGAGCUCAUGCUCGCGGAUGACAACUUCAAGCGCCUGGGCCCAGCCUCGCUGGGUUCACAGCCAGAGAGCCUGCUGCAGCGCAUCCGGGAGACCCUGCGCUCAACAAUCUGACCGGAGCCUUGUUUACAACAGGCAGCGUGCCUGUAGCUGCAUCCAGCGUAACCUCUUUACGAUAUGAAUUAUGCAGUUUGCCAUCUAGGUUGAACUGCAGAACCAGUUCCCAGCAGGAACUGCGAUGCUGUGACAGGUCAGCAGGGUUCAUAACAGUGUUCAUAACAGGCACAGACAGUGCAGAUGCAGCAAAAAUACAGCCAGAAAAAUGGAAAGUUUUUCCAACACACCAUCACACGAAGACAUGGUACCAGUAAAGAGGAGCAAGCCAUUGGAUGGUGGGGUGUGAAUGCUUCUCUGACAUGACAAGUAUAUAGAAUGGUGUAACGAUGAACGGAGCUGUGUUUCAUGAUUAGGAGGACAUUAAAAUAACCAUCUGUGCCCAUGAAACUGAACCGGAGCUGCCUUUUCAAAUUAUUAUUUACAAGCUGCUCACACCCUGUGCUGAAUUGCUGUAUUGUACUGCGCAGUGUGUGUUGUCUGUGUAUCAGCUUCCAUGUGUUUGUUUCAUGACCGAGGUGUGGAACUGCAGCUCAUGUGUUCGUUUCAAUCACAGAACUGGACAGCUGUUGCUCAACUGUCCUUACAAUGCAGAAGUUCGUACUGUUGGCUGCUUCAAUUGUAAUUAUGACUGAAUAGAGACAGUGACACGAUGGUGUCCCUCAGUCAGAGGCAACGAGUGUGACACAGGUUUGUGGAGAGACUCGUAUAGAGAUACCGGCUGUGGAUGUUGC